AUGACUUCAGGAACGCUGAGCUACACGUUCUUCAACUGCGAGGACCAGGAGAUUGUCAUGCUAACUCGAGGUCGACGCUGCACAGGUAACGAUACCAUUGUGGACAGUGAAUGUACGACGGUAUUUGUCGACGACUACCGAUACGAGCGCGAGAUGCUCGAGACGAACGUUGUGGACUGGUAUUUCUUCAUUGCGAUGAUGCGGGCAGGGGCUCAGGGAUACUUCUGGGUAAGGUUGGCCAUCCUCAUCCUGUUCAAGAUCCCGUUCGAGGUGGUCGUGUAUUCCAGCUUGCUGCCGGUGAGCGGCUAUGUGAUCGCGCUUCUGCUGGACAGCAGCUUCAUGGACCUCUUCCUCGACUCGUUCUGGGCGGCAGUGGGGGGUUCAAUCAACAUCGGACUGUUCUCGUUCUUGAAAUCUACAGCCGUCCAGAUGCGGAACGUUUGGCUCUUGUCGGUG